UGCUUUGUGCCCCUGUGCCUCAGUGUCCCCCUCAUCUCACGACCUCCGACACCCCUCCCGGCUCAGCACCUGGUGCCCGGCGCCGGGGGAAGGAAGGAUGAUUCCCGAGGGAAGGGUCCUCUCUUCCUUGCUAGGACUCGCGCUGCUCUGGUUCCCCUUGGACUCCCACGCUCGAGCUCGCCCAGACAUGUUCUGCCUUUUCCAUGGGAAGAGAUAUUCCCCCGGCGAGAGCUGGCACCCCUACUUGGAGCCACAGGGCCUGAUGUACUGCCUUCGCUGCACUUGUUCCGAGAGUGCCCAUGUGAAUUGUUAUCGCCUCCACUGCCCGCCUGUCCACUGCCCCCAGCCUGUGACGGAGCCACAGCAGUGCUGUCCCCGGUGUGUGGAACCUCACACGCCCUCUGGGCUCCGAGCGCCCCCAAAGUCCUGCCAGCACAACGGAACCAUGUAUCAACAUGGAGAGAUGUUCAGUGCCCAUGAGCUGUUCCCUUCCCACCUGCCCAACCAGUGUGUCCUCUGCAGUUGUACCGAGGGCCAGAUCUACUGCGGCCUCAUGACCUGCCCGGAACCAGGCUGCCCCUCACCUCUCCCGCUGCCCAGCUCCUGCUGCCAGGCCUGCAAAGAUGGCUCAGGUGAGAAAUCAGCUGAAGAGGACACCACACAGUUACACCGUGGGGCGAGACAUUCCCAGGAUCCAUGUUCAGGGGACGGCGGGAGAAGGAGAGGCCUGGGCACCCCAGCCCCCACUGGGCUCAGCUCCCCUCUGGGCUUCAUUCCUCGCCACUUCCGACCGAAGGGGGCCGGCAGCACAACAGUCAAGAUCGUUCUGAAGGAGAAACAUAAAAAAGCCUGCGUGCAUGGCGGGAAGACAUACUCACAUGGGGAGGUGUGGCACCCAGCCUUUCGCUCCUUUGGACCACUGCCUUGUAUCCUGUGCACCUGUCAGGACGGCCGCCAGGACUGCCAGCGGGUGACCUGCCCCACUGAGUACCCCUGCCAUCACCCUGAGAAAGUGUCCGGAAAGUGCUGCAAGAUUUGCCCAGAGGUCAAGGCAGACCCUGGCCACAGUGAGAUCAGUGCCACCCGGUGUCCGAAGGCGCCGGGCCGGGUCCUCGUGCACACAUCAGUAUCCCCAAGUCCAGACAACCUGCGUCGCUUUGCCCUUGAGCGUGAGGCCUCUGAGCAGGUGAACAUCUACCUCUGGAAGCUGGUAAAAGGAAUCUUCCACUUGAUUCAGAUCAAGAGAGUCAGGAAGCAAGACUUCCAGAGAGAGGCACAGAACUUCCGGCUGCUCACCGGCACCCACGAAGGUCACUGGAACGUCUUCCUAGCCCAGACGCCAGAGCUGAAGGUCAUGGCCAGUCCAGACAAAGGGACCAAGACCUUAUAACAAAGAUCUAAACUGCUGCAGAUAUGAGCUUUAUCAUUUUUGUUGUUAUAUAUUAAUAAAUAAAUUGCAUUACCCCUCAA